AUGUCAAGAAUUGCUAAUCUUAAAAAAAAAAGAGAUAGAACAUUAAGAGGAGAUAGUUCAGGAGAUGAAUUCGACAGAGAAAUACAUAGUUUGGAUGCUGAUAUUUUAAUAAACAAGUCGUUUACAUUAUAUCGUUGCACGCCGCUUUAUAAGUUUGAACUUUCUAAAUUGUACCAAUACGCGAAAGAAUUCAAAAAAUUUAUUGAAGGACAAAUGACUGGAAUUCUUCCUUUUGAAAGUUCAUUAGAUGAAUUCGAAAAUAUUAAUAUGUUGAAGGAAGGAAGAGUGACGGAUGUAGUUAUUUCAAGAAUUAAAAUACGAGAGUGGAACGCUUCGAACAAAUUGCCAAUAGGAAUAGAGAUACAAUUCAGAUCUAAAAAAUCGUCAACAGAACAAAAAUUUCAUUUAGUACUAUUUCCAAGCAUUAGGCAUGGUGAUGAUACAAAGAACAGUCCAUCCUUCAGUCAUUAUCCUCUCAUUAUUAUUAAAGCUCCACAACGAAUCACAACGAUUUUUAUCGAAUGGGUUCAAAGGCAGUUUGACUGUAGAAUUUGUCGACAUCAUUUGUUAUCUUCCAACUUAAAAUGCAUUAUUGGAGAGUGGGCAAAUUUUGUUUUUAGCCAAGGAAAAUUUUUUUGA